AGCAGGCGACAGACACCGGGGUCGGUGCCGGCGCACAGCGAUGACGUCGACGGAAGCUAGGAUAAUAGACACGCGCCACCUAGUCUGCACGAACUGGCCGACGGGAGAGCUGCGGGCGGGGAGAGCGGCGUGCGCGGGGCCUCUGGCGGGCGGGAAGUGUACCCCAUACCCGAGACCGUGGACCUGAGCACCUAGGGUUCCAGUCCUACCCACUCCCUCACGGGGCGGGACCGGGGGCGGCCUCUCGGCGCCGCACCUGUGCUCUGAGCGCCUUCUGUGCGCCAGGCCCAGGGCGAGGAGGCGGAGGCGGCACUUGUGGGGCUUCCAGUCCAGGCCUUGGACAAACUGGACGAUGAAUGAUAAACUCGACAACGAAGUAAAGUGAAGGGAGAUCCUAGCAAGAGACGCGGGGCCGAGAUGGCGGACUGCGUGGGAGGGGCUGGAGGGGGGGGAGAGGGCCCGGGGCCAAUGGAGGGCUGCGACCAGGACAGCAGCAGUGCUCUGGGCAGCCCUGCAGCCCCCGCCCCCCAGAAGGAGACGGAGGAAGAGGGGGCUGGGGCGGCUGCAGAGUCAGGGCCUCAGCCUGGGCUUUACAGCUACAUAAGGGACGACCUGUUCACUUCGGAGAUCUUCAAGUUGGAGCUGCAGAACGUGCCACGCCGCACCAGCUUCAGCGAUGUGCGGCACUUUCUGGGCCGCUUUGGCCUGCAGCCCCAUAAGACCAAACUCUUUGGGCAACGUCCCUGCGCCUUUGUGACAUUCCGCAGUGCCGCUGAGCGGGACAAAGCCUUGCGUGUGCUGCACGGUGCUCUCUGGAAGGGCCGCCCUCUCAGAGUGCGCCUGGCCAGGCCUAAAGCUGAUCCCAUGGCCAGGAAGAGGCAGCGUGAGGAUGAGAGUGAGCCACCAGCCACAUGUGUGGCCGAUGUGGUGACUCCUCUUUGGACCGUGCCCUACACAGAGCAGCUUGAGCGGAAGCGGCUGGAGUGCGAGCAGGUGCUGCAGAGGCUCGCCAAGGAAAUUGGGAGCACCAACCGUGCCCUGGUGCCCUGGCUGCUCUCACAGAAGCACAAGCACAACAAGGCCUGCUGCCCGCUGGAGGGAGUCAGGCCGUCACCCCAGCAGACCGAGUAUCGUAACAAGUGUGAGUUUCUCGUUGGCGUCGGGGUGGAUGGGGAGGACAACACGGUCGGCUGCCGGCUAGGCAAGUACAAGGGUGGGACAUGUGCUGUGGCGGCCCCCUUUGACACCGUGCACAUCCCCAAGGCCACCAAGCAGGUGGUGAAGGCCUUCCAGGAUUUCAUCCGGUCCACUCCAUACUCGGCGUACAACCCAGAGACAUACUCAGGCCAUUGGAAGCAGCUGACCGUGCGCACCAGCCGCCGAGGCCAAGCCAUGGCCAUUGCCUACUUCCACCCUCAGAAACUGAGCCCUGAGGAGCUGGCAGGACUGAAGGCCUCCCUGGCGCAGCACUUCACAGCAGGGCCGGGCAAGGCCAGUGGCGUGACCUGCCUGUACUUUGUGGAGGAGGGACAGCGGAAGACUCCCAGCCAAGAGGGCCUGCCCCUGGAGCACGUGGCUGGGGACCGGUGCAUCCAUGAGGACUUGCUGGGCUUGACCUUCCAGAUCUCCCCUCACGCCUUCUUUCAGGUAAACAGCCCGGCCGCGGAGGUGCUCUACACGGUUAUCCAGGACUGGGCCCAGCUGGACUCCGGGAGCACAGUGCUGGAUGUGUGCUGUGGCACUGGCACCAUUGGCCUGGCCCUAGCCCGGAAAGUGAAGCGAGUCAUCGGGAUUGAGCUGUGCCAGGAGGCUGUGGAGGACGCCCAUGUGAAUGCCCGCAACAAUGAGUUGAGCAACGUUGAGUUCCACUGCGGGAGGGCCGAAGACCUGGUGCCCACCGUGGUGAGCAGACUGGCUUCUCAGCAGCUUGUUGCUAUCCUGGACCCGCCUCGUGCUGGCCUACAUUCCAAAGUGAUCCUGGCCAUCCGCAGAGCUGAGAACCUCAAGCGGCUCUUGUAUGUCUCCUGCAACCCCCGGGCAGCCAUGGGCAACUUUGUGGAACCCCCCAUUGUGAGAUGCUCAUCUUGUUCGAGAGGUAGAGCACCCCGAUGGCACAGGGACCCUGGAGCCAGAGGACCCUCCAGCCAAGGCCCUCAGAUGAUAACCAGCAAGAAACGGGGGCUGCCCCUCCUUAGGCCGCUGGAGCAAUAGAAAUUGGCCCUCCCAGAACAGGGCAGAGUCUGCAUCACGAUCAGAAAUUAAGGGGCUCCUCAAGUCCUUGCCUCACUGCAAGUGCUCAGAGGUAGGAACCAGCAGGACAGAAGACCCAACUGUCCCACCCAAGGCCAGCUGGUCUCUGUGGGCCGUGGGCUCCAACAACCCCUCCCUCCCCCCCC